AAAUAAGUUGCUUAAACCGAAAACUAUUGAAAAUUAUUAUUUAACAUAAAAAAACAAAAGCAGAAAAUUGCUUGUGCCACAUCGCUUGCGGCUCAAAAUGUCUGCCACCGUAAAAGUGAGCCCACCAAGUCUCAGCAUAUCACCGUUAACUGCAGUAAAGGUGUCAUUUCCUAGUAAAUCGCCAACAAAGAGUAGCAACAACAACAGCUGCGGUAACAACCUUAAAAGUGUCAGUCAUACCACAAUGUUGCCACAAAUUAAAUUGCCACCAGCUUCACCGCUAUAUUCACCACUUUAUCCAGCCAUGGAUGCCGUAGCAUCUACACCUAAUAAUUAUGCUAAUAGCAGCAACAACAACAACAGCAGUGGCAAUAACUGUGCGCUACUCAUGUCACCACCGCUCAGUGCACACAUGUUAAGUGCCAAGACUGAGCAGGAUAACUACCAAGAAUUACAACAGCAACAGCAACAACAACAACAUCUCAGCCUGCCACAACAACAACCACAGCAACGCAGCGUUGACUUUCUUGCACCGAACUGUAAUUUGAAAGCGGCUUACGGCAGCAGCAGUCAGAACUAUACGGACUUCACUAGCGCCGAGUUGAGCUUUCCGGAUUUUUCGCUCAGUUACAUGGUUGAGACGCCCACAUCGGUUUAUGGUAGUUGCAACAGCAACAACAACACUGCUGAUUGUACAACUGGCAAUCAAUGUGGCAAUGCUUCAACUAAUGUGAGCUUUUGCUGUGCUGACAGCGAUGAGGUCAUGGUACAACAACAGCAACAACAACAACAGAAUCGACAAAAGCCAACAGCUUGCCCGAUUGGUUGCAGCAGCAACGCCCAGGAUGUGUUCCGUUUCGAGCCAGAGGAUAUAGCACGACUGAUAUCGGCAGAUUGUGAGACAAGCUGCAGCUUUGUGAACUCACCUACAAAUGCUGGUGCAGCAAUGCCGCAAGGUGGCAGUUUGUCGGUGACAAAUAGUUUACAAGCGUCUUUUUCGCCAAGCACGCCCUACAGUCCCUACGCCACAGCGACGACCUACGCCCAGUGCAGCGUGCCCCCCUCACCGGGCAUGAUGGGUGGCAUGCAGUUGGCGGAUGGCAAUUAUCAGACGCUACAGCAGCAACAGCAGCAGCAACAACAAAUGUCAGCAGCGGUGUUUGGCGGCGUUGAGAGCAAUUGCAGCAACAGCAACAGCAGUUGUGACCUCGGUGAGGGCAGUCAAAUGUUGGUCGCUGGCACUGUGACCACUGACUGUUUGAACUUGGACAUCGAGUACUACAACUAUGAUGAAAUCAAUUGUCAAUCGAAAAACCAGUCGCCGUGCUCUUCGCCACCGCUCGAUCCCUGGAUGACAUUAAAUCUAGCGGAUACAAUUGCGAACGCUGCAGCGGCAGAGACCGCGGCAGCGCAAGCACAAUUGAAACAUUCACCGAAACUUAGCAACACCAGCUGCGCCACCUAUCAGUCGUACGAAACGCAGUACAUGUCGUCGCUGGUGUCAGAGAUUAAACAAGAGUCCUCGACAAUUAAGCUGCCCUCAAUGAUGUCCACCUUCGGCACGCCCAAAUAUGAGUCUGUUUACAACUAUGACUAUGCCUUUGGGCAUGAGGAGACUGCCACACAGCCGCAACAGCAUGAAUACCAGUGUCAUCAGCAACAACAGCAACAGCAAGCACAAGAGAAAUGGUUGCCGUUCGUCACCACUGCUAUGCCAGUUGCCGCAGCUGCUGUACACAAUUACGAUCAUUUGCCUGAGAAUUAUCAAAACUGCAAUUUGUUGCAUGCGGAGAAACCAAAUCGUGAACAUAAAAUCAUUUGGACCAUCGACGAGCUGGACGAGAUGCAUGAGGAGCUCAUCGAUGAGCUCUGCUCGGCCAGCACCAAACAAUCGAAUCACAUGAGCGGCGAUGAGGAUGUCGAUGUGGACAUUGCCAGCUAUUUCGAGGAGGAGAAUUCACUUGACUUCGCCCUACAGGUGGCGAGCAACGAGCAUGCAUUCGAUGAUGCAAAUGAGGAUGAUAACGACUCUGUGUUUCACAUAAGCGACUGUGCCGGCAUCAUUUCGAACACUAACGCAAAAAACAGCAACAAUAAAAAGCAAUUAGAACAACACGCCACACAAUCGCAGCGUCGUCGACGCCGCUACACUUCACCAGACGUGAACGUCAGAGUGGCGUGCGAAAAAAAAUCUACUUGCCACACCAGCGCGACGGCAAUUCACACGAGUUAUGAUGCAUACGCCCGUGGCGUUGUGGCGCAGCAAGAAAAACAAGUUGUGAACUUUGAUGCUUAUACCGAUGAGGCGCAAAUUUGCCGUUGGUCUGAUUGUAAUGAGGAAUUUUCCAACCAAGCUGAAUUUGUGGCACACAUCGAGAAACAGCAUGUAGAUGCAAAAAAACGCGAAGAUUUCUCCUGCUUCUGGUUGGACUGCCCACGCCGUUAUAAGCCUUUCAAUGCGCGCUACAAGCUCUUGAUACACAUGCGUGUGCAUAGUGGCGAAAAACCAAACAAGUGUCCGUUUCCCACCUGCAACAAGGCCUUCUCACGCUUGGAGAAUUUAAAAAUCCAUCAGCGUUCGCAUACCGGCGAGCGCCCGUACGGCUGUCAGUAUAGCGGUUGCUUGAAAGCGUUCAGCAAUAGUUCGGAUCGUGCCAAGCACCAGCGUACCCACUAUGACACGAAACCCUACGCCUGUCAAUUGGCCGGCUGCACGAAACGCUACACUGAUCCAUCGAGCCUGCGUAAGCAUGUGAAAAAUCACGCGCUCCGCAAUGUCAACGGCCAUUUGGGGCGGCGAAAGUCGGCGAGCGCGGCGAGUGGCGGAAACGGCAGCAAAAAAGUCAACAACAACAAUAAUGAUCAUAUGACAACAGCGAAAACGCGCCGACAUUCGGAGUCAUCGCUGGCGAAUGCAACAGCGCAAAUAACCGGAGGCGAGAUAUUAGAGGCGCAAACAGUGACAACAACAACAUUAGUAACCACAACAACAACAUCGACAAAAGCAUUAGCGCAAACGACACUAAUUGGCUGCAAAUUAAUGAAUAAUACACAGAGUCAGAGUCAGCAGUCAACACAACAAGCACAGCAACAACAGUACACUACAACACGUCAGCAGCGCAGCAAUAGUUGCAGUGAGAUGUCAACACAUUACAACAACAGUAAGAACAAUAGUAACAAUAAGCUGUCUCAUUAUGAUAAUCACGAUGAGUUAAUGACAGCAACAACAACCACUGCGGCGCCUACACCAUUACUGUCAACAUUAGCAGCUACAAUGCCAAUAACAACAACAACAACAGCAACAUCAGCGCCCAUGUACAAAGCAUCAACAGCCAUGUCAUAUACGAUGCGGCAACAUGCCAAUAAUGCGUCGCCGGGCGUCAACAGUAACAUGGCCACAAUAUUUGUUGCCACGACUAAUGCCGACGGUGGCAAAAACAACAGCAAUGGCAAUGAGCAACAACACGACUAUGUAACAAAUGGCAGCAAAAGCAAUUCGAUGAACUUUAAUGAGUUGUCAAAUUGCAUUGUAACCAUCGAACACAAUCAAAAUGAGAAUUCAAUUGAUUGCAGUGACGAUAACAACAGCAACAGCCACUGCGACAACAAUGAAGCCAUUAACAAGCCCUCCGGGAUAGCGCAUGUGGCAUAUGGUAUGCGACAGUCCGCCGCGAACAUACAGGAAAUGGAUACGUUGAGUGUGUGCAGCAGCAGCAGCAGCAACAACAACAACAGCAACUGCAGUUGUAGCAGCAAUAAUGAACACAUCAAUCAAUUAAAUGAACUUGGCCAAUUUUUGGUAUUAAGCCCGAAGCCUACAAACAACAACAACAGUACCAACGCCAGUGCCGAUGUCAGCGCCAAUGUCGACAAACAGUCAAUAACGUGUGCAACAGCUGCAACAACAGCGCAUGCCAUUCCGUGGCAUACACCAACUAAUUGCAACAAAUAUAUGGAUCAUACAAAUACCGCUAAUAUAACGGCUAUUAGCAACAUUAGCGCGGAUAUGGCACAAUCCACAGCUGUGGAGGCACGCACAACGACCUCAGCGGCGGCGACGGCGUUGGCAGUAGCAGCGGCAGCUUGUAAGCAUAUUAACAGCAAAGCUCCACCAACACCGCCGGCACCGUCACUGCAAGAGUUCGUCUCGUUCGAGUAUGUAAAGCGCAUGUUGGCCGAAACAUUCGAUGCUGAGCCCAUCGAUAUCGGCGCUACUCCCGGCGGUAAUGCUGCAUAUACUUGUAUGGCAGCCAAUCAGCCGGCAAUGAAGGCUGCAAAUAAUGCGGCCGGCGAAGAAGCUGCGCGCGCGGCACAAGCCAUUAGCUCAAAUAAACAAUGCAACGCGGUGGCGCAAACGGCUAAUGGACAAAAUGCCGACGCGGCCGAAAGCACUUGUGAUGGCGCGCAGGAAAGUCGCGGCAAUAGCAACAACAACGGCAGCGCGGGCAAUGCCUCAUCGGAUUAUGCAAAUAAUUUCGAAAUGGAUUAUUUGCAGAGUUUCAUGUAGUGCGAACGCGCGCGCUUUUGCUUGCACACGCACAUGUGCACAAACACGCACGCCUCAUUGUGUGUAUGUGCGCACCAGCUGCAUCGGUGGCACAAUCCAUUUGGUGGCAGCAGAUUGUAUCAGCGUCAGCAGUUAAGCAGGCGCUGGCCGUGUAAGCCUAUUUCAAACUAACUUUAAUUAAUUCUCUUCGGCCAUAACUGUAUUUUCUUCGUUGAAGCAGCAUUCAACCAGCGUUUAGUUUAACAUAGCGAAUAAUAAUGAAAGUGGACGUAUAAUUAGAUAUUAAGUUGCUCAUAUUUACCUUCGAUAGACACUACAGUUCACACCAAAGACAUCAUACAAAUAACAAAUAAUUGCCAAAUAUUAUAUAAGUAUAUAUAAAGAGUCAUAUAUGCUUCCAAGGAUCUCAAAGUAUUUGAGUUUUAAGCAAUAUAGGCGAUUACUCUUUACACUAGUUUUAAAUUGUAUGGGAAAAUGUUUGAUAUACAUAUAUUAAAAUAAUAUUUGUUAACAAAGAUAUAGGUUAGUUGUAUUAUAUAUUCCUUACCAAAUGACAAUCGUUCCAAAGCUUUAGAAAAAAUAAUAUUAAGUGCAUUUAAUGAAUUAUAAAAGUAAUACAGCAUAUUUACUUAGCCCAAGGCCGUUUCUACCAGUUAAACAAAGCUUGUUAUACUGUUUUUUAGGUUAUGUCUAUUUAUUAGGAAUUAUUGAUUAUACCUAUUUGUUUAUAAAU